AUGCCUUGGCAUGACGUCGGAGUGGGUUUGAACGGCAAAUUGGUUAGCGAUUUCGCCCGACAUUUCAUUCAGCGGUGGAAUGCUCAUAGAAAAAGGCAAGCAAAGCAGGGGCGUAAACACUUCUUAGUGUCUCGAAUUCCGCCCGUAUUAAUUCCCAUGGAACCGGCAAAUCCCAGCCUAGCAAAUCAUUUGCCCAUGUUAGGAGGUGGAGGUAGCUGUUGGGGUAGCUCAAAUACCGCCCAAACUUCUCUGAAAACUCAAGCUCUACGCUCCGUAAGCCAUUGGUCCCUAGUCUCAACCCGCGAUGCAAAAGCAAAUAAGAUAACAUGGGGAAAUGACGCUAACGCCUCUGUUAUUACUGAGCAUUCCAUUCAGGAUGCCUACGUGGAGGCCAUUAAGAAUGCUGAAAGCUUCAUCUACAUUGAAAACCAAUUCUUCAUCAGCUUCAUGCAGGAUGAGGAUUCAUCGCCAAGUGUUCGGAAUAAAAUAACUCAAACGAUUUACGACAGAGUCGUUAGGGCCUAUAAGGAAAAAAAGAAAUUUCGUGUGUACAUCAUAAUUCCAUUACUUCCAGCAUUUGAAGGAGUUCCUGGUGAUAAGAGAACGGGAAUUAACAUCCACACCAUUCUGCGCUUUACUCGACUUAGUCUCUUCAAGGGUAAAACUGCUUUGUUGCCACAACUACGCUGUGUUGUUGGUGAUGUGGAUAACUAUGUCAGUGUUUGUGGUCUUCGAAAAUAUGAACAGUGGCCUGAAGGACACUUUACUUCAGAACAAAUCUACAUCCAUGACAAAAUAAUGAUAGUUGAUGAUCGGAAGCUGAUUAUUGGAUCGGCUAAUAUAAAUGAUCGGAGUUUGCUGGGUGAGAGGGAUAGUGAACUUGGUCUCUAUGUGGAGGAGAUUCCAUCGCCACAGUCAAAAAUCGGUGAAGGUGUUAUCGCGAGCAUGCGAAUUCGGCUAAUGGCUGAACAUCUGGGCGUCCUCAGCUCUGAUAGAUCUGACCCCCUCAUCUGUUGUCCUCACCUCCUACUUGAACCUGCAUCAGAUAAAUUCUACCUGGGAGUAUGGCGAAAAACGGCGUACGACAAUAUGGAAAUUUUUGAUAAGGUAUUCAAGUGCUCACCCUCAAAUGACAUUCGAGAGUACCUCCCGAACCCCCCUUCGACUCAAGGUCGUGAGCCACGUGGCGAGGAGUUCGCUGAAAUGUUGAGAAAAGUUAGAGGUCAUCUCUGUGAGUAUCCUCAAGAGUACCUUGCAGAUGAAAAACUCACUGUUCCUCAAUUCACCAAAGAACGACUUGUUAGUGAAGAGAUUUGGAUAUAA